UGACAUAGUCAGUAGUAAGCAAAGGAAAUUUCAACAAAAGCCACCAUUUAGUGGAUGUAAGAGGGAGAAUAGAACUUGCGAUCAGUCGGUUAAUUUCGGAUUGUUAUGCAAGAGAAUGAUAAAAGCAAACCGAUCGAGACUUCUGAUCAGGCUGGAGAACGCGUUUCGUGCAAAUUCGAAUAUGUUGUCGAGGGAACUGAUGGAAUUCCAGUCGUCAAACCUACUGCUGAAGAGUUUUCAGACAUGGAGGCAUUUUUUCAAGAAAUUCGUGAUCUAGGAGAGCGAUAUGGAGCGAUUAAAGUCGUAAAACCAGAAACUACUACGAAACCCUGGGAUACCUCCUCGGAUGAUACUCCUUUGGAUAAUAAGAUAGAUGUUUGGGUAGAAAGAAGUGUCCGCCGAAGAGGGGAGUAUUUUGAAAUAGAGCUCGUAUCAGAUACAGUCGCACAGCCAAAUUCGAGAUUGGAUUCUACUGUUAUAGAGCCUCCAAGAUUCGAAAACAAUAUCUCAAAGGCAAUAGCUUAUUACUGGCGGUCACUGACACAUGAUAAUUUAUGGUAUGGCUAUUCUCAUCAUACCGAUCGUUUAAUUUUUGGAAUACCGUCUCGCCGUGCUUUAGAAAGUAAAGUUCAUUUACGUUCAAGUCUUCCUGGAAAUACGUGGCCGACCUCUGGCAAAAUUUUUGCCGGGAAAUGGAAAACUACGUUACCUUGGCGGUUAGAGUCUAAUAAAUUAUAUGCUGUUCAUGUUCAUUUAGGAGGCGCUCCUCUUCAAUGGUAUUUAAUACCGUCUUCCCAAGCAUUGGCAUUUCAGAAACUAGCAGAAAAGCUUGCACCUAAUGAGCACUGGCGAUGUGCAGAUUUUUUAUUGCAUCAAAAUAUCCUUUUUCCUCCUUCUACUCUUGCGCAAAGUGGAAUAAAUAUCUCUUCAACUGUUCUUCGAGCAAAUGAAAUGCUAAUUACCUUUCCUGGCUCUUAUCAUAGUGCUUUCUGUCUUGGCGAUACAACUUUACGGCGAUUUGCGUUCCAUGCACAUGAUUCCUCACCUUUGCAUGGUGAUAUAUGGUCGCUUGGGAUUACCGAGUCAGCCUUUUCUUCAAAAAGUAAUUGGCCGCACGUACAUAAACCGAAGAAAGCUUGCUGUCAAGAAGCUUCCGUUUCAAAUACGGAAAAAUCAAGUAAGGAAGAUAAUUCACCUUUACCUAAUUUAUCCAAUCCGUUCCAAAAAAACAGUUCACACUCCGAUCAAAGUAUUAGAUGGAAUGGAGUACCAAAAAGUCAAAAUAAUAAAAACAUUUAUUCCCCUGCAAUGAAUCCGGUUUCAUCCUCGUCUUCUUCUCCGUCUCCCAUUACAGAAAAAGGCACCAAUUCCACGUCUUUACCAUUGUUUACCUUAUGGAAUUCAAAAUUCCGCUCCGAGUUUAUUGAAAAAUCUCAAGAGAUGACCAACUCUAGUAUUGAGUUUUCCCAAUUUGAGCCAGUAUACCUUCAUUCAUCUAAUCAUCCGUUAUUCCCGCCUCCUAUCUUGGGGCUUCCAGUACCUGCUCAAUUUAGUAGAGGUGAUGUUUUUUGGGGUCGUAUUCUUGAAGAUCGUGCUAGUGAACGCAUGCUUUUACUCGAGUGUGGUAGCUCUGAUACGAUAGAGGUUCCUUAUGAAUGUAUUUUAACUUCAUCCUCUGCCGCUGGUCGGCGGAGUCCGUCUUAUUAUAAUCCACCUUUAAAAGUUCCCGAUAUUAUUUAUGAUGAUGGUUUUCCAGUGAACUGGAAUGAUUUUGAUGAACUCCCUUCUUUAGACCAUUUUGUCCUACCCGAGCUACUUCCUGGAAAUCCAAUACGUUUUAUUCCCUCAACAAAGCCUUCCAAAGGUAUUCCCUCAGAUAUGGAGACAUUGAAAGUGAAUGGUAUGAAUUCUUUAAAUGAAAGUAUAUCUUCUGACGUGGAGGUUGCUUCCCCUACUAAGUCAAUCGGAAUUGCGGAAGGAAACGUCCCUACACCUAUAUCACCAACACACGAAACUACUCCUGUUUCCGACGAGAUAGAGCAAAAUGCAGAAGACAUGUUAAUAGGAAACCGUUCAGAACUUUUGGAGGGUGACAAUGACUUGGAAGAUCAAUUCGAUCAACUUGAAGAGCUUCGACGAUCUCCUUCACAAUUCGGCUUAGAACACGAUACGCAAGAUACUGUUUCCCAUUUAGCAAGAAGAGCCCCAGAAGACUUUUCUGUUUCACUUGAAACUUACGAAUUAUGUGUAAAUGAAGAGCUAGAGGCUGUCAACGAUUUUUCUCUUUUUCCUUCAUUGGAAUAAUCCUCCGAAUUAAGGUGCUAAUAUCUAUCAUAGAUCUGCUGUACUUUAUACUGUAUAUUAAAAACAAGUCACUCGUUUG